CUCCUACCUUGGGUAUAUACCUACCUACGCAAUGGACAUGGUCGUCUGCCUAUGACAGUCUCUCGACUUGUUGGAUAUAAAGAUCUUGCCAUACGCACAGCAUGACCACACCACUUCGAUGUCUGGGCGGUAUGAACCUACCUCCAACUCAUAUUCUCGUGCUACUUCUUUCAUGUCCAACCCUCCCACAACAGGUCUGAGACAACUCAACCUCCGCGGCAUGGCUCCCACCACGAGAGCACAGGCUAUCCGUCGUCUCGCCGAGGCCGGGGCAUUGGCAGGUGAGUACUCUGAUACUGGUGAUUCGGACAGUGACUUUGAGGGCGAAGAUCCAGAUCAGAUAGUUCGCUCCCCCUUCACCGGUCUGCUUUACGACAUCAGCCGGCUGCCAACUCAAGAUUCAAGUCAAGGCACCAGCCACAGCUUCGUCGUGCCCGACCAGUUGGGUCAGGACCGAGACGCACAAGGGCAUAUCAGGGAGCUCUUUAGCGAGUUGCGCUGGCACGAGACACCACCAGUCAGCCUCCACUUCACAGGAGUCGAUGGAGGCCAUCAGUUCUAUGCUUUUCAGCUAAGGGAGUUCACCCCGCUGUCCAUUCGUAUCGGCACUCCAGACAGCAAGUGGCCUGGACCGCAGUGCAUCUGCAAAAACCGCAAGCCUUGCCAGCAUCUCCUAUGGCUAUAUGACGCCAUAGCAAAGCUGACCCUCUACGGGCACGACCAGGCGGAGCCUCUCAAGGUCGAGGCCGAUGGUUCCAUUCCUGCACUUGGAAAUCUCUUCCAGAGGAUUGCCGACUACCGUCUCAACCUGCUGACCGACGGCUUACACUCGGCCGUCGGCAGCCACGAGGCAUAUCGCGCCCCGCCUUGGGUUCGCGUCGAUGAAGUCAACCAGAUACUGUCUGCAUUCGACGAGACAGACGACGAGGAGCAAAACAAUAUCAACAGGAACAAGAGGCGACAGCAGAAAAUCGGAGCACCGCGCAGCCACGGCGAAAAGCGCAACCUACGCGAAACAGUGCGGGCGCUGCUCGAGCGCAACAACGAAGUCUUUUCCAUCUUUCUCAACCUGCUCUCGCCGCGCGAACGAGCACGCAACCCCUACGCGCGCCUGCAGGCCCGCGUCGACCGCAUCCUGCACGAGCUGGACCGCUACUCCGAGUCGCUGUCGGACCGGGACGCGGCGAGGCAGCGGGUCGCGAUGGGUGCGGACCUCGAAGGCACCUGCGACGUCGCGUGGGCGGCCAGGCACGUCCUGGGCGCGGUCGGGCAGGUCAAGAGCGAGCUGCUCCGGGGCGACGGGGCCCAGGAGUGGGAGAGGGGCGACGCGGCGCGGGCGCUGGUCUACAUACUCCGCAAGAUCGUGUUCGAGCACGACGAGGACAAGCAUGGUGGCGCUGCCGCCGAGGAUAGGAAUCUAUACGCCACGCUGGUCGGCGGGCGGGCCGCUUCUGGGUUUGUGGUGGAUGUGUUGGAGUUGAUUCCGGACCAGACACAAUAUAUCGACGAGUUGGAAGACGUCAAGAGAGAGAUCAGGGCCAAACGACGCGUGAACAAGACGUGGUUUGCCAAGCUGGAGCAGGUCAUCCGGCUGAUGCGGGAGAGCGUCGUGCGCGAGGACGACAGGGAAAAAGGCAGGGCUGUCGGCGGAGUUGCCUACCCUCCCCUGUCGAGAUCUGGCGCCGGCGUCGGAUCCAGCGCGAGAUCCAGCCUCAGUGCGGGCUCCAAGAGGCGGUGGGAGGACGACUGAGCUAGCCAGGGCAGGCCCCUUGACUACGUUUGUUAGUGAACAUGGUUUGCUGCGUGUUGUUCUACUGCCUUGCGCAUCCCCUGGCUGGGAUGUAGGGGCUAGUGGAGGUAUUACAUUUUGCUUGAAGCCGGAACGACUAGACUAAAGACUGCCAUAGACCGGCGGGACCGACCUUCUCACUGUUUCUUUCGAGCUUUUUUUUUCCAAUCCCUGUCAGGGAGAUGAAGAAUCGUCUCAACUCAACCACUUCCAAAGACCACCAUUGGGAGAGAUUCAAGGUGAAUCUCGAGUCUAUAGAACUCGCCACAAUAAUAUUUCUCUUGGCUGGCCACGAAUAACAUGUAAAACCCUCCCAAAUUCCAGGCACACAUCAUAGACAAUGAGUUUGAGAGCAGAAGAGAAGGACUUACGCGCCCAAGCCGAAAGCGGCAGGCCGUUGCUCACCACCAACGACCAGGUGCUGAAAACUGCAUUCAUCUACAUGG